UGAAGAUAAGAUUUUUGUGUUCUCGCCUGUAUAGCCUCUCUCUUCCAUGUCCCUAUAGAGAGACAAGAGACAAGAGAAAGAUUUGGAGAGACAGAUAUAAUGACAGAGUUCUCUGGAAGCAAUAGGUCAGAUGUUGAUCGUCCGCUGCUAGAGUAUGGUGGUGACGAGAGAGAAAGGAAGGAGACUUGGUGGAAGAAGGUGUUGGACUUGGAAGAAUCCAAGAACCAGAUCUUGUUUUCUCUGCCGAUGAUACUCACCAAUGUUUCUUUCUACUUCAUCCCUGUGAUAUCUGUCAUGUUCGCCGGCCACCUUGGAGAGCUUGAGCUCGCCGGCGGCAAUCUUGCUAACUCUUGGGCCACUGUCACCGGUCUCUCUUUCGUGGUUGGUCUAAGUGGAGCACUUGAGACAUUGUGUGGGCAAGCAUAUGGCGCAAAAUUAUACAGACUGUUGGGAAUAUAUUUACAAGCAUCUUGCAUCAUAUCUAUCAUCUUUUGUAUCAUUAUAUCAAUUAUCUGGAUGUUCACUGAAACCAUUCUGAUAUUACUUCAGCAAGAUCCUCAGAUAGCAAAAACUGCUGCUUUGUAUAUGAAGUAUCUCAUACCAGGAUUAUUUGCAUAUGGGUUUUUGCAUAACAUCUUAAGAUUUCUUCAGACACAGUCUGUUGUUUUGCCACUGGUGGUUUGUUCGGUGGUCCCAUUAGUUCUCCACAUUGGCAUCACCUAUAUUUUGGUUCAUUGGACACCUCUUGCCUUCAAGGGUGCAGCAUUGGCCGUUUCAGUUUCAUUAUGGAUCUCAGUUCUUAUGUUGGCCAUAUAUGCGUUUAAUGCCAACAUAUUUAAGCAAACCUGGCAAGGAUUUUCGUCGGAGUCAUUCCAUUAUAUUCUUAUAGGCUUGAAGUUGGCCCUUCCUUCUGCAGCUAUGGUGUGCUUGGAAUAUUGGGCUUUUGAGGUUCUGGUUUUACUAGCUGGAUUGAUGCCAAAUUCAGAAAUAACCACUUCAUUGAUGGCAAUGUGUGUCAAUACAGAGGCCAUUGCCUAUAUGAUUACCUAUGGUCUAAGUGCUGCCGCAAGCACAAGGGUGUCAAAUGAAUUAGGAUCAGGCAAUCCUGAUCGAGCUAAGAACGCUAUGGCUGUCAGUGUCAAGCUCUCUAUCCUGCUUGGUCUAGUUGUUGUGUUGGCUCUUGCUUUUGGUCAUGAUAUCUGGGCUGGUAGCUUCAGUAAUAGUCCAGUAAUAAUACAGGGAUAUGCUUCAAUGACACCUCUGCUCGUAAUCUCGAUAAUGUUUGAUUCUAUCCAAGGAGUCUUAUCAGGGGUGGCCAGGGGAUGCGGUUGGCAGCAUUUUGCUGUGUACAUUAACUUGGGAACAUUCUAUAUAAUCGGCAUGCCAAUUGCAGGCAUCCUCGGAUUUUUGUUCAAACUCAAUGUUAUGGGCUUGUGGAUUGGCUUAAUAAGUGGGCUAGGCUGCCAGACUGUAGGUCUAUUGUUGUUUACACUAUGCAACAAAUGGAGUGGAGUGGAAAUCUCCGAAGACAGCAACAGAGAUAAUCCAGUUCUGGUUUGACUACAUUUUCUUGAAGUAGCAUCAUAUGAGACAUGUAUUAUCAGAUUUUGAACUUGGGGAAGAUAUCUCAUUAGAUGAGCAGGUGAAUUUUGAUGCUGAAGUGGAUCAGGAUUUGAAUCCAGAUGUGGAGGCUUACAUAUACUUCUUUCUGGUUUAAUUUUCUGAAAUUCGGUUAUUAGAUAAUAUUAUGAAUAUUUCUUAUUUAGUUAAUUGCAAGAUAUUAUUUUGGUUUUGGAAUGUAAGUUUAAGAAGUUAUUUAUGUUUUAUUAGAAUUGAUUAGUUAUUUUAUUGAAUUGAUGGAUAUUUUUAUUAUU